UUUUUUUUCCCCGCUGGAGCCGGACUGAGCAUUGAUCUAUUGUCCAACACCGUGAUAGUGUCCCUCGAAAACCACGCAAUAACCGGAAUCUUCGCUUGGAGUAUUAUUGCCCAGACUUGCAAGGAACAGGCGCGUGCGCAAACAUAUAAAGGAAGGUGUUCCGGCCUCUUGGACGACUGUCUUCCAACUUCUGGUUGCGCAUUGCAAUUAUAACUGGGCUCUACUAUCGUCCUACCCCACCACCAUCUUGAGCUUCGACGUCAUAACAGGUCCCCCGGACGCUGAUCUCCCAACUGUUCGCCAUGGCGCAGACAAAACACUUCUUCUCCGACCCCACUCAUCUGGUGCAAACUGCCCUAAACUCCCUGACACUCACAAACCCUUCUCUCGCCCUCGACCAUGAGCACAAGGUCAUUUUCCGCCGGCCCGAAGCCGUAACGAAAGGAAAGGUCGCUAUUGUUACCGGUGGAGGCUCAGGCCACGAACCCGCUUUCGGAGGAUAUGUCGGCCAGGGCCUCUGCGACGCUUCUGUGGCGGGGACUAUUUUUGCGUCUCCGUCUGCAGAGCAGAUUCGCAUUGCCGCGAUGGAGCGUGUUAACCACGAGAAUGGAGUGCUCAUCAUCCCCAUGAACUACACUGGUGAUGUCCUGAACUUUGGUAUGGCCGCAGAGAAGUCCCGGGCUGCUGGUAUCAGAACCGAAUUCUUCGCCAUGAAUGAUGAUGUUGGUGUUGGAAAGCUGAAGGGAGGUAAAGUCGGCCGCCGUGGAAUUGGAGGUGGUAUCUUUACCCUAAAGAUCGUCGGGGCUUUGGCAGAAUUAGGUGCUUCGCUUGACGAGGUCUACCAGACUGCUCAGCUAGCAAACGCCAACAUUGUCUCAGUGGGUUCCUCUCUAGAGCACGUCCACGUGCCUGGCAGACAGCCCUCUGAUGACCACAUUCCUCACGGCGAGGUUGAAGUUGGCAUGGGUAUCCAUAAUGAGCCAGGAUCUCACCGGAUCAAGGCUACGCUUGUGGAACUGGUUUCGACAAUGCUCCUUCAAUUACUCGACCACAACGACCCCGACAGAGCCUAUAUCACUCGUAAGCCGGAGGACCAGUUUGCGCUUCUGAUCAACAACCUAGGAGGCGUCAGCACUCUCGAAUUGUCGGGUAUCACCGAUGAAGUCUAUCGCCAGCUCAACCAAGACUACAAGGUCAAGCCCGCGCGAGUUAUCCAGGGCACCUUCCUCACUAGUCUUAACGGGAUGGGAUUCAGCAUCUCGUUACUCAAGCUGGCAGACACAGGGCUGGGCCCUGGCAAGUCCUUCCUUGAGCUCCUUGAUGCCCCCGCUGAGGCAAUCGGCUGGGCCGCACCCGUCAGCCCCGAGAGCUGGGAGUACCGGAACAAGCCGGGAGUUGAAAUGAAGAAGGUCAAGGCUGCCGAGCAGCCACCAAGCAAUGUGAAGCUGGACAUCGCCCAGAUUCGCAAAGUCCUUGGUGCUGCCCUCAACAACGUCAUUAAAGCAGAGCCCGAAAUCACACGCUACGACACAAUUGUUGGAGAUGGAGAUUGCGGCAUUGGCCUCAAGCGUGGUGCCGAAGCUGUCCUCGCACUCAUCAAUGAUACUUCAAUCAACUUCAACGGCGAUGUGAUCAACACCAUCAAUCGAAUCGUAACAGUUGUUGAGAACACCAUGGAUGGUACUUCUGGCGCCAUCUACGCUAUCUUUUUGAACGCCCUCGUCCACGGACUCCGCGAACAAGACAAGGGCUCCACAACAGCUGCCGACGUCGAUGUCUGGGGCUCCGCUAUGAAGUACUCUAUCACAGCCCUCGCUAAGUACACACCUGCUCAACCGGGUGACCGGACCAUGAUCGACGCACUUGUCCCCUUCGCUAAGACACUCGCGGAGAAGAGAGACGUGCAUGCUGCCGCCAAGGCUGCAGAGGAAGCCACCGAAGCCACAAAGCACAUGAAGGCCUCGCUUGGGCGUACAGUGUAUGUUGGUGGCGAGGAAGAGUGGGUGGGUAAGAUUCCCGACCCUGGCGCCUACGGUCUCAAGGAGUUCUUCAACGGACUGGCAAGUGCUCUGUGAGCGAUGCUGGUUCGGCUUUUGAUGAAACAAAAUAAUAAAGUUGUUUGGCCUGGCAGGCGCUAAUGUAAAUAAUUUUUCGUUUUCGUGGGUUGUUAUUUAGCAUAAUUUGAUGAUGCCAUGAGCGGAUUAGCAAAUGAUUUUGAAACUCCAGGUUGAAUUUCAUUACCAUGUCUACCAUUCUACGGGCUAGUAAUUCUAUUUUCC